CAUGUUGUCCAGGAAAUGGUUUCAUUAAGUUAGGAGAAAUCGGAAAAGCAUCAUCACCCAGGAAAUAAAAUGGUACAUUCAUUGUCCGUCCAGGUAAAGGUCUUGGUGUCGGUAGAUUUACAGAUUCAUUUUGCUAUGCUUCGGGGAGCUAUUUCUAAAAACACCCUCAUACGAGACUCUUCCUUGACAACCAAUAUCGACGAAUAAAAAAUUAUAAUUAGCGAUUUAUAAUUGAAAAAUU